AUGUCAAAAGAUAGUGACGGAGUGUUAGUGCCAUUUUCAAGACUAGUCUUUCGAUACAUUGCCAAAGUGCUGAUAGAGGAGUUGAGACGAUCAUGUGCAGCUGCUCGGCCGCAAUCUCUACCAGGAGCGGAAACUCUGGCUACGGCGGCUGGACCGGCGUCGCUUACCAGUUUAACUCCUGAUCACCAGCUUAGAGAAGACUUCACCGUGCUGGCGAAGGACCUCGUAGCGAGCUUGAAGACUAUUGUCUCAACUUUGAUAUGCGAGCGAGGACGCCUGCGGGCAGUAAUGGACGCUAGUGACACGACGACUUCCCCAAGCGGAGCCGUCAUGGCCGCCUUGAGAACCAACCUCACAACUGCACUACACCAGAAUUCGGAGUUGCGCACGCGCCUGUCAAGGAUCCACGAUGCGUCGGAUUUAGCUGAAAUAUCUUCUGUGGGACCUAACUCCGAUCCGCAGGUAAAUAACCGUCAAUUCCAGCAGUCGCUGAGCUACAGUUCCUCUUGCGUAUCAGCGUCAGAAUUCUUCGACGCUGAAGAGCAUGACGAAGAUCUCAAGCCAACAGACAUCAUAGCAGCUGACGAGGCAGGCGUGAUAGAGCUAGACGGCGACUCUUCAUCAGAAGCAGGAUCUCUUAGCAGUGAAGAAGGAUCUGCGAGCUCAGAUAACUCUGAUGGUGCGAUAUCGGCAGAGCAAGUGACUCUCCGCGCAGUAGACCCUGGUGCGGGCUGGACCCGGCGGACACGGCUACCUUCGCCCCGGCCUACUCCUGGGGGACCCUCGCUGUGGAACUUGCUCUACAAGAAUAUAGGAAAGGAUCUCUCUCAGAUCUCAAUGCCGGUCACUAUCAAUGAACCGCUGAACAUGUUACAGCGGCUGUGCGAGGAGCUGGAGUACUCGGAGCUGCUGGACCUGGCGGCGGAGUGCGCGGGCGCGGUGGAGCGCAUGGCGCUGGUGGGCGCCUUCGCCGUCAGCGCCUACGCCGCCACCGCGCACCGCGCCGCCAGCAAGCCCUUCAACCCGCUGCUGGCCGAGACCUACGAGUGCGUGCGCGACGACAGAGGCUUCCGCUUCAUCGCCGAACAGGUAUCCCAUCACCCGCCGAUAUCGGCGUGUCACGCUGAAACCUCCCGCUGGUGCUUUUGGCAGGAAGCCAGAAUCAAAACCAAAUUCUGGGGCAAAUCCAUGGAGUUCCAGCCGGCGGGAAGGGUUCAUGUCAAACUGUUGACCACCGGAGACCACUAUAGUUGGAAUAAGGUGACGACGUGUGUUCACAACUUGUUCGGCGGCCAGCGAUGGGUGGACCAGUACGGAGAUAUGCACAUAACGUGCCAUGGUACAGACAUCACGUGUAAACUUAACUUUAUUAAGGCGAGUUCGUGGUCGAGCAGCCGGCACGAGGUGCGCGGCGCGGUGAGCGUGGGGGGCGGCGCGCGCCUGCGCCUGGCGGGGCGCUGGUCCGAGGCGCUGUACGCCGGGGACCCGCCCGCCGCGCGCUGCCUCUGGAGGCCCGGUACGUACCAUACACACUUAACUGCGCCUGGCGGGGCGCUGGUCCGAGGCGCUGUACGCCGGGGACCCGCCCGCCGCGCGCUGCCUCUGGAGGCCCGGUACGUACCAUACACACUUAACUGCGCCUGGCGGGGCGCUGGUCCGAGGCGCUGUACGCCGGGGACCCGCCCGCCGCGCGCUGCCUCUGGAGGCCCGGUACGUACCAUACACACUUAA